AUGUCGGCCAACAUUGGAGAAAGCACAACGCAAUCUCCAUUUCCGCCUAUAGAUCGUGCUCGAGUUUUUGAAAUCGUUCAAAACGAGCUUUCCCAGCCGCAGCCGACGGAAACCUCCCCUGAGGUUAAGUGGGAUACGAUUCAUGCAGAGCGAGUUGGACGUCGCAUCAUUUAUUACACUGACCAAGGCCGAGCGGAUAUCAUUGGCGAAAGGUGUGAGGCAUUGCGACAAGCGGCUCAAAACGAACGCUGUCAUGUUGCCGAACUCAAUACUGUCUUUAGCAGAUAUGUGGAGACGCAUGUGGAAAGUCCCAAACCUCGUGUGCAAUCAGUCACAGAUGGCGUGUGUGCCAUCUUAUCGCGGCUACCGCAGACUCCCUCUGUCUUACAGGACCCCCCAUUGUCUGUGCCACAAGUUUACUUCGACGAACUGAGAACGUGGGAGGAUCUUCGAGUCGUCAAAUGUGUGCCUCAUAAUUUCAUUCGGCUUGUUGCCUCGCUUGUCAUUUCCCAAAUGCGUUUCCCAGCGCGUGGUGGGGUCUUAAUAGCUGAGAAUUUUUUUGAAGAAACAUCAAAUGGUGUGGGUGAGCUAUUUGAUGCUAUACAUGCCAAAGAGAGCAACGCAAUCCUCCAUGGUGAUUCCAAGCCAUACUCUUGGUUUGUAGUCCGCGCCUUUUUAUGGAAUUUUUGGCAGAAGGCAAAUCUACUGUACCGGUAUUACGACCUCAAACUCAGGCUAGAUUUUGGCUUUCAGUCUAUGCCAAUGAGUGCAUGGACACAUAACUUUUUGGUCUCCCCGGGAACUUCUUUACUUGAACGUUCUACCCAACUAUCCUGGGAGCAAAAACCUGAAAACAGGUGCACAUGGAGUUUUAAAAUGGUACAGGUCAACCCACUCUGCUUGGGUCUUGAUUCACGACUUCUUCAUCGUCGAUUCUCUGGGGCAUUCCAUGGUACCGGGGCUCGCUGCCGGUCUGACUCGGAGUCUGCAUGUGAGGGCACGGGUCCAAACUGCCUACGACAUCGUGGGGCUUUGAUCAGCGACCAAUCUGCUCACGCGUCUUCCUGCUCCUGUAAAACCCCCAACGAGUUCAAACUGGCUUGGAACGAGUCAUCUUACCUCCAAGUUGAUGGGCCAAGAGCUGUGUCUGUCAAUGAAACUAAUAUUCAGAAUGAUGGUUUGCAUUAUUGCUGCGCUUCUGAUACAACACUCGCUAUCUCUCAUGUCUGGAGCCAUGGUCAAGGCGGAAGGCCAGAAACUGGUAUCAAUAAAUGCCUUCACGCUCGGUAUUCCCAAAUUGCAAAAAGCAUGGGCUGCGAAUCAUAUUGGAUGGACGUUGUCUCAAUUCCAGGAAAUCACGAACUACGUCAAGAGGCCAUUUCUCAUAUUAACGGGGUGUUCUCUAAUAGCCGCGCUGUUCUCGUUUGUGAUAGGGAUUUGAUGCUAUUAGAUGUGUCUAAACUUACAACAGAUACAAAAGAGCGUAUCCUCGUUGCUACUCUCUUCAGCGAUUGGAAUGGCCGAGCCUGGACGAUUCUAGAAAGUUGGAAAGGCCGACGAAAGAUUUUUCUGCUUUGCAAAAAUGACAGUAUAGUCGAUUUCCGAGAAGCUGUAUUUGAUGUUUUCUCCAAUGGCAGAAUUGACAUUGCCGUGUUUGCGAACCUCUUCCCACAUCUUCUACCCUCAGCUAAAGAGCGUAACAAAUCUCUUGGUUUUACAGAAGUUAACAUCGCAAUUGCUGGAUCUUGGUUGAGCCAUCGGCCUGCCAGCCGAACAAGCGAUGAAUUCGUAAUAUGGAGUCUUCUUAUUGACGAAGAAAGAUCGCCAUGCUACAAUGCAGAGGACUUUUGGAGGGCUCAAAGCUCAGUGAGCACUGGCUAUCUGAUGUCCAGCAUUCCACGGCUUAAUGUGAAGGGUCUGACCUGGGCCCCCAGUACACCCUACGCACUGGCUCAACCCGGACAACCGUCUCAGACCAUCGACCCCAUUCAGCCUCCAAUUAUCGGCUGGCAAGACGAUGGAGCUCUGAUUGAAAAAGAUGGUUUAUGGGGAAAAUGGUAUUCUUACGAAUUUCGAUUCCGGUUUAGGACGGCUAAGCAAAUUUUGAGAGGCCUUCGCCAUCCAACCAGCGGGGUUGAUUCUUCAAUAGAACGUGAAUUGGAAAGGAUUCAAGCGCUACUUGACAUACGAGAAAAACAUGUUGUUUUAUUACAGCGUGUCACGGAGAGGCACCUUAAAUUCAUGUCUGAUAUCAAUGGCCGUCGACGCUUAGUAGUGGUCUGUGAAUCCGACAAGAAAGAACGCAAACGGCAAAGAGAUAGAAUUUUGGGAUCGAAUAAUUCGUUUCCAAUAUCCUAUCGAUGGCAAUGGAAGGGUGUCUAUGAAUGGCCUGAAAAUGUCGCCAUGCCUCAAUUUGAAACGAACUCCACUUGGCAAGGCACCACUUUUUGGAUCACUUGA